AUGGUUUUUAAUGUGAUGAACUAUGGUGCUGUUGCCGAUGGAAAUACUGAUAACAGUAAGGUUUUUGAAUAUGUAUUUAACAAAGCUUGUCAAUCUGAAGGGAUAAAUCUUGUAUUAAUCCCACGAGGAACAUAUAUGUUGUGGCCUAUAAUGUUGAAAGGGCCUUGCAAGGGUCAAGUGGAAUUUCAAAUCAAAGGGACCCUGAAGGCUCCUACAGAUAAAGCAUCUACAGUUAAUGUUUAUUAUUGGAUCGCCUUCCAAUACAUAGACCAGUUGAUCCUCACGGGUGGUGGGAAAUUGGAUGGACAAGGUCUCGCUGCUUGGAAUGUGUAUACUUGCAAUGUAGACCCAAACUGCAAAGCUCUUCCCAUUUCUUUGAGAUUAGAUUUUGUCACCAAUUCAAGAAUCAGUCACCUAUCUUCAAUCAACAGCAAAAGUGCCCAUGUGAAUGUUUUCGCAUGCGAACAUGUGAGAUUUGAUCACAUCCAUAUAAUAGCACCCAAAGAUAGCCCCAAUACCGAUGGAAUACACAUUGGUUCAUCUAGUAAUAUUGAUAUCUUCAAUUCAAUUAUAGCCACUGGAGAUGAUUGUGUAUCGCUGAGUCCUGGAUCCAAAGACAUAAACAUUCAGGACGUUAAGUGUGGCCCGGGCCAUGGAAUCAGCGUUGGAAGUCUUGGCGGGGUACCAAAUGAAGAAGAUGUUAGUGGAUUAAGGGUGACACAUUCCACCUUUAUUGGCACUCAAAAUGGCUUGAGGGUUAAAACAUGGGCUAUGCCUUACUCAAACAAUGUUUUCAAUCUUACCUUUGAAAAUAUCAUCAUGGAGAAUGUCGACAACCCCAUCAUCAUUGAUCAACAAUAUUGUCCACCUCGGAAUUGUAAAAAGGGUGACUCCCAAGUUCAAAUUCGCGAUGUUAAGUUCAGAAACAUUACGGGCACCUCUAGCUCAAAAAUUGCAGUUGCUUUUGAUUGUAGCAAAGGCAAACCUUGUGAGAAUAUUGAGCUCAACAACAUCAACCUAACUUACAAUGGUGCUGGAGGACCUGCGACAUCGUUAUGUUCUAAUGCCAAAGGUAUUGUUAUUGGUCAACAACAACCCCCAUCUUGCAUAUAUCACUCCUCGCAGCACCUUUAUUAAAAUCAAGACAUAAAGUUUAAUACUUCAACUCUUUUGACAAUACUGCUUUGUGCUUGAAAUUAAGGCU